GAAAAAAAAAUGUACAUAUAGAAACGGUCUCUCCAUGGAAAUGGCCGCGGAGGAGGAGCUUCUCCUUUACGUUUCUUCUUCUCCUUCUUUGUUUUCUUCGUCUUCACUUCUCCGUUUACGAGAUCAUUGUCUCUCCAUUCUCAAUCUGCUACUUCAGUUUGGAUUCUCUAUUGGAGAACUGUUUGGGCGAUCAUAGUAGAGAGACUGUAUGUUUGUGUGUGUGAGAGAGAGGGAGGUAAAGAAGGUUUUGUGUUGAUGGUGAUGUCUUGUGGUGGAGGAGGAGAAGAAAAGCUAUGGACUUGUGGAAAAUCUGGGGUAGCGAAUUUGCAAAGAGUGGGUUCUAUAGUGCGCGAUAUUGGCGAGCCGUGCCUCUCUCAAACGCCCAUAAAGGUAAGCAAAAUGCUUAAACCAGACAAGUGGCAGGCAACUUUUGACAGCAAUGGGAAGGUUUUUGGUUUUCGCAAAGUGCUAAAGCUGAUCAUUUUAGGGGGUGUGGAGCCAUCUAUUAGGCCUGAAGUUUGGGAAUUUCUACUUGGUUGUUAUGCGCUUGGCAGUACAGCUGAGUAUCGAAGGCAACUAAGAUCAGCCCGGAGGGAACGAUAUAAUGACCUGAUUAAGCAAUGCCAGUCGAUGCAUUCAAGCAUAGGAACUGGUUCACUCGCCUAUGUUGUUGGAUCCAAAGUUAUGGACAUGAGGACAGCAUCCAAAGAUGAUGGGGAAAGGGAAGUUAAAGUUGAGAGUGGAAAAUCUUCUGUUGAUAAUACCAAUAAAAAAGAGAGUUCUCUUGAUUGGAAGAAUAACUGUACAGAUACGUCGUAUAUGUGUGAAAGGGAAAGUUCUGGUGAUUCUGCUGACCUUGUUAGUGUGAGGGGAAGCAAAGAUGGUGGAGCAUAUGGCAAUUCUUGUUUUCUGCCUUCCUCGGAUUUACAAAAUCACAGCUCACCUAAACGGGAGAUAGAAGCUCAAGGAUCACAAUAUAUUGGCCAAAGUUUUUUUGAUUUUCCUCCAUUACCUGUUACAGAUUUGUUUGAGAAGGGUAGAAAAGAAAAUCAUUCUACUCACCAAAAAUUGAGAUUUGAAGAUGACGCGGUGCAUGAGUUUCAAAUUAAUAACAAUAUAGAUUUAGUAAUCGAAUCAAAUGGUUCACGGUCUAACAAUGUUUCAUGCCAAAUGGACUCUGAAAUUGAAAUGGUUCAUCCUGAAUCCAGUGCAACGGCGCUGCAGUCUAAUAGUGUCGUUUCCCAAACUGAAGUAGUUAACAGACUGAGUAUGUCAGAUGCUCAGGAUAGAGCAAUUGGUAAUGCAACAUCUCAACCGGCAGCUAUCAAUGAAGAAAGAGUUUCUGAAUGGUUAUGGACUUUGCAUAGAAUUGUUGUUGAUGUGGUAAGAACAGAUAGUCAUCUUGAAUUCUACGAGGACAUGAAGAAUUUAGCUAGGAUGUCCGAUAUCCUUGCUGUUUAUGCAUGGGUUGACCCUGCAACUGGUUAUUGUCAAGGCAUGAGCGACUUGCUGUCUCCUUUUGUUGUCCUCUUUGAGGAUGAUGCUGAUGCAUUUUGGUGCUUUGAGAUGCUUCUGAGGAGAAUGCGUGAAAACUUUCAGAUGAAGGGACCAACCGGAGUGAUGAAGCAGUUGCAAGCUCUGUGGCAUAUUUUGGAACUCACAGACAAGGAAAUGUUUGCACACCUGUCACGUAUAGGUGCUGAAAACCUUCAUUUCGCAUUCCGGAUGCUGAUGGUUCUCUUCCGUCGAGAGAUACCUUUUGCUGAGACUCUUUGCAUGUGGGAGAUGAUGUGGGCAGCUGAUUUUGAUGAAUCCACGGUCUCGUAUUUAGGGGAGAAUUGUUUGGAUGGAUUGGUGCUUCAGCUUCCAAGGGAUUCUGAGAAUGGAGGGGAAAAGAUGGUAGAAAGUGGAGAACAUAGUAAUGGUAGCUUAAAGGGUGGUUCAGAAGUGAAAAAUGGAAAUGGGGAGCAUUCCUCGGCUGAAAACAUUGCAAUUAAAUCAGCAUCAGGGCAUCCAUUCUGUGGCUUGACAAGGAGUUUUUGGUCAAGAACCGAUCACAUGCAAAUUUGCUCUGCAGUCUCUUCAACUAAAAAUGGGGAUGACGAGCUACCCGUCUUCUGUGUGGCAGCAAUUCUUAUCAUUAACCGUCAUAAGAUUAUAAGAGAAACCCGUUCAAUUGAUGAUCUGAUUAAGAUUUUUAAUGAUAAUCAGCUGAAGAUCCGCAUCAAACGAUGUAUACGUUCAGCAAUCAAACUUCGGAAAAAAUAUUUUUACAAGCUAAUCAAGAGCAAGAGCCCUGAAUCUCAGCAUGAUGAAUAGGAUCGGGGACUUCCUAUCUACUUAUUCUCCAUCUACUUACAUAGCGAUAGGGCAAUGAUUUAUAUUUUGGUAACUACGGCCUUGCAUUAUUGACAACGUUGUGAUCAAAUUACAUUAUUUGGAUUCAUGAUGGAAUUAUUUAUGCAAAAGAGCUUCUGCCUUCUGGAGUUUGUUCAGUUCCUUGUACUUCCAUUAUGUCCUCCACAGCUUUUGCAAGAGGACUGCAGACAAUGUUCAGAAUUCAGGAACUCCUUAUGCAUUUUCACUAGAAAAGGGUUGUUCAUACGCCACUCCUUGCUCGUCUGCGACAUGAAAUUUCUUAUACCUCAUGCUGGAGGGAAUAAGAAACUUGAUAAAAGAAGUACAAUAAUAAGCUUGGAAACCAAACUUAAUCUUAAUUAGAAUUAAGAUUGAACGGUGUCGGCUGUUCAUUUUAUUGUACUUCUUAUUUAGAAGUUUUUGUGUAAUGUUGGUUUUGCUUAGAUCUCUAUAUGCAUGACCAUGAGUAAACAACUGUUGAAGAAGGCAUUUUGUGUAGGAAGCAGUAGUAGUAUGAAGAAGAGGUUGUUGUCAACGUAUAGAGGCUUUGUAGACAUUUUGUGUCAUUUUACUUCUAUUGAGCGAUAGGUUCAUUUCAAAAAUCAGGCUGCUUGAUUUUCU